AAUUAAAGAUUUCCCGAAAUGCACUAGCAUCCAGGAAAUACCAGGCGGGGAAUAAGAAAAGUAUCACCAUGCGAGAUUUCUUCCUGCUAUAUUUAAUGAGUUUAAACAUCUAAAAUACACGAAAAUAGUUUGCGAAAACGUUGAAGUCUGCAGUUGGGAAGUUUUGGAUCUAUUUGGAAAAGUUUCCGUGUUUGUCUGAGUAUGUUGUGAAUAACGACAAAAAAGCGGAUUUGGCCUUCACGCGGGCGUUCAAGCUAACCGUUGUGUUAGCGGUGAUGCUGGGUUGGUUGUUCUCCAGUUGACGGUAAAUGUUUGCGUCUUAAGCGAAAAAUGUCUGGCUUUAACUUUGGAUCGGGUACUCUUGGGUCCACCAACACGGGUGGAGGAUUCGCCUUUGGUGCCGCAACCAGCGCGCCUGCUGCCAGUACCGCUGGCUUCUCUUUUGGGACUGCUCUGGGUACACCAGCUGCAGCCCCUGCUUCCACCACCAGCACCACCCCAGCUCUUGGCCUAGGAGGCAGUCUUUUUGGUCAGAAACCUCCUGGAGGAUUCUCUUUCAAUACACCUGCCUCAAGUGCUGCUGCACCCACUACUGGCCUUACGUUAGGUGCCCCAGCUACGACAGCUACUACUGGCUUCGGCUUGGCUUUCAACAAGCCCACCGCCUCAGCAACACCCUUCUCCCUAACCACCACUACCACCUCCUCGACAGCCACUGCUGGGGCAGGUUUAACGUUUGGCUCUGUCCUGACAUCUACCGCUCCCCAGCAGCCUGCAGCCACAGGUUUCACGCUUGGUCUAGGUGGCACAACCACCACCACAGCAGCUGCAGCAGGCCCAUCACUGGGUGGGGGCCUCUUCUCUAACACUGUGUCUACAGGUUUGGGUCAAGCCACUCUUGGAGGAGGAGGUGGAUUAACGUUAGGUUCUCUAUUGGCAACGUCCACAGCAGCAGCAGCAGCAGCAGCAGCAGCAGCAGCAGCAGCCCCUGCCCCAAGUAUUGGCUUGGGUGGAGUCGACUUCAGUACAUCUUCUGAGAAUAAGAGCAACACAUCGUCUGGAGCUAAUGCACAAGACAGUAAAGCUUUAAAAGAUGAGAACCUCCCCCCAGUUAUUUGUCAGGAUGUUGAAAAUUUUCAAAAAUUUGUGAAAGAGCAGAAGCAAGUUCAGGAGGACAUAAGCAGGAUGUCAUCAAAGGCCAUUUCUAAAGUCCAAGAUGACAUCAAGAGCCUCAAACAGCUUCUCUCUGUCAGUGCCAGCGGUCUGCAGCGCCAAGCUCUGGCUAUAGACAAACUGAAGUUGGAGACAGCGGAGGAGCUGAAAAAUGCAGACAUCGCACUGCGUACACAGAAGACACCUCCUGGACUUCAACAUGAGAACACAGCCCCAUCAGAUUAUUUCCGUAGCCUGGUAGAGCAGUUUGAGGUGCAGUUGCAGCAAUAUCGGCAGCAGAUAGAAGAACUGGAAAACCAUCUGACAACGCAGAGCAGUGGUUCCCAUAUCACUCCUCAGGAUUUGACUUUGGCCAUGCAGAAGUUGUACCAAACAUUUGUUGCCCAGGCUGCCCAGCUCCAGUCAGUCCAUGAGAAUGUAAAGAUUUUGAAGCACCAGUACCUUUCCUACCGCAGAGCCUUCCUGGAAGACUCCACUGACGUCUUUGAGUCCAAACGAGCAUCUAACAGGAAAUGGCAGAGUUCGUCGCGAGUCACAACGGGGCCCGCCCCAUUCUCCAGUGUGCCCAAUGCUGCAGCUGUUGCCAUGGCAGCCACGUUGACCCAGCAACAGCAGCCAACUCCAGGGACCCAGGCACCCUUGGGGGCAGGGUUUGGAAACCCCUUUGCCUCGGCAGUGGGCACUAGCUUGGGCUCUUCUACCCUUGGAGGUUUUGGUGGUGGGCCAGGAUUUGGUGGGGUGGGGACUGGGGGGUCUUCUUUUGCCUUCUCCACCAGUAAGCCCACAGGAGGCAGUCUGAGUGCAGGUUUUGGAAGUAGCAGCAGCUCAGGCUUUAACUUCAGUAACCCCGGCAUCAACCCCUCGGCCGGCCUGACCUUUGGCGUGUCCAACCAACCCGCUGUCGGCUUUGGCACUGGAACACCCCUACUCCAGCUGAAGAAGCCCCCUGCUGGUAACAAAAGGGGCAAGAGAUAGAAAUGAGAGAAGACAGAACCCUGUGACUGAGCAGCUGACCAGCUUAGGGCUUGUAUCAAAUGAGGUCUGGUCUCUCAAAAGCAUAUAAGCAGCGCUCAAAUGAUCAUUAGAUUAUAGAACAGAGGAAAUGCAAAUUUGAGGAAAACAUCAGGGAAGUGCUUGGACUUAUCUGACAGAAACAGAAGACUACGGUUUUCAAAUCAUUGGGAGGUAUAUGCUCAGUAAUCAUGAAGAAAAAGAAAAUCCUAUUGAGCAACCAGCAUUCUUUCAUUCACUAGUCUGUGAUGUCCACUGUUCUACAUUGAUUUGAUUCCAUUGCAGUCACCAACAUGAACAGCUUCCUUUCAUUCAUUUCAACGAUGAAUUUAGUUUUAUACUUGUACUUUACACUCAGUCACUUUGACCACCAACUGUCAGAAACUGGAAUUGCCCAUUGAGUACAUGACAAGCUUUUUUUUUUCUUUUGACAGGGUCAUUGUUGCUUCUGGUAAGAAAAGUGGGACCAAAUCAAUCAAUACAGUCAACAGUGGCAUGUAAACAAAGGAUACAGCAGCAUUUGUUAAUUUAAUCUUAUGCCCAUUUGCAUUGCCUCAAAAAGUUCCCUGCACUCUCUGGUCUGUGGUGCUACAGUGCUUUUGGGAAUGCCAGAUAAGGACAGAGCCGGGUCACUUUCAAAUCAUUCACUUAUCUGUGAGGAGUUGCUUUAGUCUGAAUAUUGUAAAAGAUAAACAUGUUUUUUGCGCUUUGAGGUGGACAGUCUAGUCGGUUCCAUUGUCUGUCAGUCACAGAGCUGCACUUGAAUGCUUCUCAAAUGAUGACUUGGCUCAAGUCUUGUCCAGGGAAGGGAGAGAUAAGGUAAAGGGAAAGAAGCUUAUGGAGUGACAGUUGGUUGGGAACAGCAUAGUCCCUGUCUGAAAGUGUCAAUAGGGAGUAUUAUCUGAUUCUAGAUAGUUUUAUACACAGGAGUGCCGAGGGUGGGUUUUUGGGGAAGCACAGUUUUAUUUUUGUAUCAAGUAGAGAAAGAGCUGACAUUCGCGCUGGAGUAGAGGGGGACUAGCGCCUUGUGACAGUCCGUUAUCUAGUCCACAUAACCUGUGUUGUUUUGCUACAAUCCAUCCUUAUCAUUGUUUAAUAUUUACUUUUAGACACACUUUGUUUGCCCCUGUGUGCUAUUGUAAGAACUUGGGAUAGGAAUCGCUGUACUCUUUGUAUUACUUGGCCCCCAUUAGAUGUUAAGUUAGUUAAAUCUGAAAGGGAUUUCACAGUGCAUAUUCUACCUGCUCAAUUUAUACAUGUGCUAGAACAAAUUUGCACUCACCAGUGUAUGUGACCUGACAGUGAUUGCGUGAAUGUGCAUGUGUGCCUAUCGCACAAGUUUGAAUUUGUCUCUUUUGUCUGUCAUGAUACUUUUGAGUGUUGGGGUUGGAUCAGGGGAUGUUCUGCUUUUUUAAAGUGUCCAUGUCACUUCUGUUACCAAACACUGGUAAUUGUACUAUUAUUUUCUAAUCACAGUCUGUGGAAUCCUGUAUUUUCAAGAAGCUGUUUAUUAAUAAAAUCUUCAAUAUGAUGUUUUGCCUGUUUGUGGCAUCACUUCAAUAAAUGUGUGUUGACACAGAAA